CCGUCGCGAUGAGUGCCCUCUUCCUGUAAGCCGGCUGUCUCUUACGCUCACGGUCCAGCCUCCCUUUCCUCUUUCGUUGUUCACCCUCCCCCCACCUGCCGCGCAUUAAUCAGCUUCCUGGAUGGGGCACAUUAUCUACGUGACGGCGGAUCGUAACUACGUGAUACCUAGCCAAGUCCCCGGGUUUCGAUCAUACGGUAGUCACUCGGCUGUCCAUUGCGCGUAAAAGAGCCAGCCCAAGAUCCGCGGGUUACGGAUGCCGCCGGGCUCGUCGCACGAUUCCGUGGUGUCGGUGAAGUGAUCUCGGAACGGUGCUGCGCUCGCCAGAGACUCAGCUGUGACCUCCGUCGGAAGAUCCGGCUCCAGGUGUUCCGUCGUUUCGCGACAGCAUCCUUCGAUGCUCCAGCCAACCGAGACCUCGGACAGUGCUAAAGUUGCCAUUGAUGCCGCGGUGGUGAGGACCGCGGGAUGAUAGAAGACGUGUCCACGAUCUUCCUCGUGCCCAGGGGAAGACCUUUCGGGAACUCCUAAAGCGACCUGUCACCGGACCAACCACGAUGUCGUUAGCGCAACGAAUAUCCGGGGCUGUUGCUGUCCUGAGGGGCACUUCGGAGGUCAAGGAAACUCACACAUCAUGCGCCGACGAGAUCGAGAAGAUUGCGCCCGUGGACGAGGGCAAAGUGCGUCAUCAGAUGACGCCGCUCGACAGACUGCAAAUCGUAGUGGAUUGGAUACAGGAGAACAUGCUUCUCGUGUUCACGGUCAUCGGAGUGUUGAUGGGACUGAUUCUAGGGUUCCUAGGUCGAUUGGCCAAUCCCUCGCCGCCGUCUAUCGCUCUGAUCAGUUUCCCCGGGGAACUUCUGAUGCGAGCCUUAAAGAUGUUCAUAUUGCCGUUGAUCGUUUCUUCGCUUAUCUCCGGCAUGGCGCAGUUGGACGCGAGGAGCUCGGGGCGAAUGGGCUUCAGAGCAUUGAUGUAUUACACGGCGACGACCGUUCUAGCGGCGGUGGUCGGUAUCGUGAUGGUAUUGAUAAUCCAUCCCGGUGAUCCGAGGAUCAAGUCCAGCAUAACCGCAGCCAGGCCGGACGAGGCGAAAGUUUCCACGCUGGACGCUAUUCUGGACAUAAUUAGAAACAUGGUGCCGGACAACUUGAUGCAGGCGUGCUUCCAGCAAGCGCAGACCACUUACGUGAAGAAGAAGGUGCUGGUCAUUGGGAGCGCGAAUCAAAGCGAUUACGUUUUAGAGCCGACGUUAGUCUACAAGGACGGGACGAACGUGAUGGGGAUAAUUGUGUUCUGUAUCACGUUCGGCCUCCUCGCUGGACAGAUCGGUCCACGGGGGAAGCUGAUGGUCGACUUCUUCGUGGUGCUGAACGAAAUAAUCAUGAAACUCGUCAGUAUCGUUGUGAUGUGGUACUCCCCGUUCGGAAUCAUGUGCCUGAUAGCCGGGAAAAUAAUGUCGAUCGCCAAUUUGGCGGCGACCGCGCAGACCCUGGCUCUGUACAUGGUCACGGUGAUCCUGGGUCUGCUGAUACACGGCGUGAUCACCCUGCCCGCGAUAUAUUGGAUCAUCACGCGUCGAAACCCCGGCGUGUUCUUCAAGGGUAUGAUGCAGGCUUGGGUGACAGCUCUGGGAACUGCGUCCAGCGCAGCAACUUUGCCAAUAACCUUCCGCUGCCUCGAAGAAAAUAAUAAAAUUGAUCCCCGCGUGACCCGGUUCGUGGUAGCUGUCGGAGCCACGGUGAACAUGGACGGGACGGCGCUUUACGAGGCCGUCGCUGCGGUUUUUAUCGCCCAGGUGAACGGAAUUUCAUUGGGCAUUGGGGAAGUUAUAACUGUUAGCAUUACAGCCACCUUGGCGAGCAUAGGGGCGGCAAGCAUUCCCAGUGCUGCCUUGAUCACCAUGCUGAUCGUCCUGACAGCUCUCGGUUUACCCACGGGCGAUGUUUCCCUGUUGUUCGCUGUUGACUGGCUACUGGAUCGCAUCAGAACGUCGAUAAACGUUUUGGGUGAUGGAUACGGCGCAGGAAUCGUGUACCAUUUGAGCAAAAAGGAGCUCGACAAAAUAGAUGAGGAACGGAAAUUAGAAGGUCUGGAAACAGGAACACCGCUGGAGGAUAUCUCGGAGAGUUGUCGGCGGUCGAGUACACACGCUGUCGAGGAAUCUUCCGAAACGAAGAUCUGAAUAACAAGAAUUGAUUGAUCUUAUCUCGUGAACUUCUUUCAACUUCGCAGGCAACGAAAAAAGAGAACUGUGCUCAGCCACAUCGCGUUACCUAGAUGAAAUUACCGUAACGCCGAGGAAAUUGAUACAGAUGAUACUUCACUGCCGAAAACAUUUCGAAACUCGGAUACCGUUGCAACUUAAUCGAUGAUAUCGUUAGAAUCAUUGUCAGUGUUUCAGUAGUAUUGUAUUGUAACGAAGGGAUAUGCAGAAUACAAUAAAACUGCGAGCAUGCCAAGUACAAAAGUUAUGUUAUCUAUCGUUAACAGCCUGUUUACGUAAAAAGCAGUUGUACGACUUUUAACAAAAGUUAAAUGAAAAUAUUCUAUUGUAUACAAAGUUAAAUGGACGAGUCUUUAUUCUCGAAUUUAUACAAUCGAUUUGUUGUAUGAUGAAUAUACGACGUUCUCUGUUCAAUCGAUUAGUUUCAUGAAGAAAGAAGUAAAAUUGUUUGUUCUAGUAAUACUUUAAGCAUUUUAAAUGUGUUCGCUCAUUUGUUACACACUAAAUGAUAGAAAUGUAGAAAAAAAAUGUUGAAUUUUAUAAUAUUUUGUUUACAAUGUUUAUGUACCGUAUCUUGUUAUUUAUUGUAUGCAUAGAACAUGAUCAGAGAAAUAAAUAGACAUUCUAAUAUACUUAUCGUAAUGAUUUAGGUGUUUAUACUUGAACAGAGUUAAUAAUAAACAACAUUGGGCAAGUGGAACAGUAGAAUAGAUAUAUUUUUUGAAAGUGUUUAUCUUAUGUACACACAUAUACAACACAUCGCACAGGAUUUUCUUGACAAUAUCAUUAAUCUGGCUAAUAACUCGCGAAUUGCUUGUGAUAUAUUUAAUUAACCAACAAUGCACCUAUGUAGUUAAAAAAACAUAAAUUCUUAAAACUAA